AUGAUACUUCUUUUUGGUUCACGAUCAUCGAUUCACUUCCUUUGAAUAGCAUAGAGGGGAAGUUGAAAUUCUAUCGUACGUAAGCAGGCAAGCAAGUACGCAGACACACACGCACGCACGACAUUCAAGAAGUUCUUCGCUCAUUCGUCAAUCGUGCACUGACCCUAACCUAUCAAUCACACUUCCAUUCAUCCUUCUUCAAGCUUGAAUUUGGACUACCAAAAUAAGCUCAAGCAAUCGGCAGAGGCGAAGAAGAGGCUGUAUUUAGGACUUUUGGAAGGGCGACUCUACUGUGCCACUCCCUCACAGACAAUCGGGCGGCUUACACUCAUUUCCCUCACAAGAUCAUCAUAUCACCAUGGACCCACGUCUAGAUCCAUCUACGGCUGUUGUCAGUCCGGUAGACGAUCAAGCAUCAACACCUAUGGAGGUGGACGAACCUGUUUCCGUUCUUGAUGAACGUGCAUUUGCAGUAAAGCAUUUGGCGGAUCUGGGUCAAGAAGAGGAAGAUUUCAAAGUGAUGCAUUGGGAUAUCAAUAAUUGGGGAUCACUAGACAAGCGUAUCACAGGACCGGAAUUCGAAUGUGGUGGACAUAGAUGGAGAAUAUUGCUUUUUCCCUUUGGAAAUUCGAACGGACAACCAAAUGAUAUGGUUUCCGUUUAUCUAGAUUAUGCAGACCCAAAAGGAAGUCCAGAGGGAUGGCAUGUAUGCGCACAAUUUGCUCUAGUAAUAUCUAAUCCGCAGGAUCCUACUGUUUCCUCCUCAAGUCAAGCUCACCAUCGCUUUACUGCUGAGGAAAUGGAUUGGGGAUUCACACGUUUCAACGAAUUGAGAAAGUUGAGCGUUCCCACCGAAGGUCGUCAACGUCCAAUCAUCGAGAGGGAAUCAGCCCGAGUUUCAGCUUUCGUUCGAGUUCUCAAAGAUCCAACAGGCGUACUUUGGCAUAACUUUAUCAACUAUGAUUCAAAGAAAGAGACUGGCUACGUCGGACUAAAAAAUCAGGGUGCAACAUGUUAUAUGAACUCUCUAUUACAAUCCCUCUUUUGCACGCAUUACUUCCGCCGGGCGGUUUAUCAAAUUCCCACAGAGAACGAGCAGCCGUCUGAGAGCGUCGCAUUGGCAUUGCAAAGAGUUUUUUAUCUUUUGCAAACAUCCGAUCAGCCUGUAGGAACGAAUGAAUUGACCAAAUCUUUCGGCUGGAAAUCGCUAGAUUCAUUCUUGCAGCAUGAUGUACAAGAAUUCAAUCGAGUUCUACAAGAGAAGCUAGAAACCAAAAUGAAAGGAACGAUAGCUGAUGGCGCUAUCACAAAAUUGUUUGUCGGAAAGAUGAAGAGUUAUUUGCGUUGCGUCAAUGUGGACUACGAAUCUUCACGUAUAGAAGACUUCUAUGAUAUUCAGCUAAAUGUCAAGGGAAUGGCAAAUUUGGAAGACUCUUUCCGCGAUUACGUUGAGGUGGAAAUGCUAGAGGGCGAUAACAAAUACCAAGCUGAGGGCUACGGAUUACAAGAUGCAAAAAAGGGAGUUAUCUUCGAGAGUUUUCCACCUGUUCUACACCUCCAACUCAAGCGCUUCGAGUACGAUAUCGAAAAGGAUGCUAUGGUCAAGAUCAACGAUCGUCACGAAUUCCCUAUGGACAUCGAUUUGGCUCCAUACGUGGACAAACAAUCGCCAAAGAAGAAUGAGAAUUGGAAAUAUAAAUUGCAUGGUGUUUUGGUUCAUUCGGGCGAUCUACAUGGCGGUCAUUACUUUGCACUUUUAAAGCCCGAACGGGACGGAAAAUGGUACAAAUUUGAUGAUGAUCGUGUUACACCAGUGACCGACAAAGAAGUUUUGGAAGACAACUUUGGAGGUGAGAUUCCAAACGGACAUCUUGGCGGCGUGGCUCGAGCUCCUGUUCGAGCAAUGAAGCGGUUCACAAAUGCGUACAUGUUGGUAUACGUCCGAGACGUAGAAGCUCCUGAAAUUUUGAAACCAUUCACUGUUGAGGACACGCCAGCACACCUACGCGAGAGGUUGGAACAAGAACGUAUUCAGAUGGAGGCAAGGAAGCGAGAACGAGAAGAACAACACUUGUACUUGACGGUCAAGGUGAUCAACGAAGAUACAUUCAAGCUUCAUCAAGGAUUUGACCUUGCAACAUUUGAAGAACGCAAUCUUCCUGCUUCAGACUUGCCUUCUUUCCGUGUUCUGAAGAAUGAGCCUUUCUUGCUUUUCAAGAGCAAGCUUGCCCAACAAUUCGGAUUGGAUGAAGCUGCUAUGCGGUUAUGGGUCUUGGUCAAUCGACAGAAUAAGACUGUUAGACCUGACACAGUUGUGCCAGAGAAUGAUCCGAAUCUUACAUUGGAAACCGUACGUGAUCGUAUGGCUUCUCGACAAAAUGAUUUGAGACUAUAUCUCGAAAUGAUGGGUCCAAAUGAUCAAAUUGAUAAAUCACAAGGACCAAUCAUGAUCUUCUUGAAGUACUUUGACGUUUCUCGACAAUCACUUACAGGUGUCGGAAGGGUUUAUGUGAGCAAAAAUCAAAAGGUAUCUGAUCUCGUCCCAACGAUCAAUCAAUUGAUGCUUUGGCCACCGACAGUACAGCUACGACUAUACGAAGAGAUCAAGCCAGGUAUGAUUGAACAAAUGAAGAUGAAGGCUACAUUUUUGCAAAGCGAGAUCCAGGACGGUGAUGUGAUUUGCUUCCAGACGGAAAUCUCUGAGAAGGAUGCACAUGAUUAUGAGGCACAGUCACUCUACUCCAAUCCCAUCCAAUUCUACGACUUCUUGCAGAAUCAGAUCAAGGUUUUGUUCAAGCCAAGGUACGAUGAUGUGGACUACAAAGGAGAAUACGAGAUCACAUUGAGCAAGAAGAUGACUUACGAUAUGAUGGCAGCCAAAUUUGGUGAUCGAUUGAAGCAUGACCCAUUGAAGCUGCGGUUCACAACGGCAAACGGACCAAACGGAACACCAAAGACUGUUUUGAAGCGUACAGCCAAUCAAACAGUGAAUGAGAUAGUCCAACCCAGCUAUAUUCAAGGCCAAGCAUCGCUAUUGUACUAUGAACUAUUAGACGUUUCGAUUGUGGAAUUGGAAACAAAGAGAAGCCUGAAGAUUUGGUGGAUGGGAGCACACAAUCGUGAAGAAGCGGCACAAUCGUUCUUAUUGCCCAAGACAUUCAAUAUCAAUGAUGUUGUUGAACAUCUUGCCAAAACGGUGGAGCUAUCACCUAAUGGAUCGCGCAAGAUUCGCAUUUUCGAGGUCAUUGGAAAUGGACGUCAACAGAGAGAAUUCAAUGGAGGUGAGAUGAUCGGAAACAUUAGUGAAAUGACGGACUUGUUUGGAGAAGAAGUUUCGGUGGAAGAAGCACAAGUGAAAGACGAUGAGAAGAUUAUCAAUGUUUUCCAUUUUAGCAAAGAUGCAAAUCGUACACAUGGUGUUCCGUUCAAAUUUGUUGUCAAGCCAGACGAAAAGUUUAGCGAAACAAAACUUCGAAUUCAGCAACGCUUAGCAGUACCCGAGAAGGACUUCGCUAAAUUCCGAUUUGCUUUGGUUCAAUCAAGCACAUACAAGCAACCAUCUUAUUUGGAAGAUGAUGAUGUGAUUUAUGAUCAUAAAUUCUUGCCUGAUGAUGUUUUAGGAUUAGAUCAUAUAGAUCGAUCCGGUAAAACGGGAAGGAUCGCAACUGCAGUGCAAGAUAGAGGAAUUCGAAUUCGCAAUUAGGAACCAUUGAGACGUUAUGAGCAGAUGAUAUACACACACACCAGAAAAUUCCAUGUACUCUUAUUCAAUACUUCGUUUAUAAUCUCCUUCUCUUCACCUUGAACCCAUUGUUAACCAUAUCUUGUAGGGCAUGUAAACAAAAUAUUUUCAUUUCUCGUUGAAAUGAGGUAUGAGCUAAGGGUCUGCUCGACCGUUGUCAUUAUAAUCGCGAUAGAUUCAAUUUACCCCUUUUUUCA